AUGAGCUCUAUGGGAUACAGAUUGACUACGGUAAAGGGGCUCAAACAAUUGAAGGCGCCCAAGGAAGAUGGAACAGAGCAAGACCUGGAGGAUUUCCUGACAAGCUUGACUGACAAAGUGAUCAUCAGGUGGGCGGACGGAGGUGAUGUGGGUUACGUUCUGGAAGAAAACGCGGAGCCCGAGAUAAAGGAGCCUUAUCCAAUGACGGCUGCAGAAGAGGCAGACGCCAGAAAAGUGAAAGCGUACGAUCGGUUGAUGGACAAAUAUGAAGAUCGGAAGGACGCUUUUCGGGCUAACACUGUCGCUAUGUUUCAGCUAGUCAUGAGCAACGUAACUACGACAAUGCGAAACAAGAUCAAGUCGACUGAUGGCCAUCUGGCCGCCAGCAAGAAUAAAGAUAUGGUUUGGCUCAUGAGCACCAUUGACAACAUCGUCUCUGGAUAUGAAGAAGGAAUGACAGAAAUAAAUGAAUAUAGACUAUAA